CCGUGCAUGAUAAACCAAGAGGGGAAGUAAUCAGGUGAUGAGAAGAUUGGCCAGUAGAAUUUCUUCCUUGUGUUUCUGUUUAGGUUUUGGGGGCUACAGAGAUGCUCUUCUGACCAACAAGAAAACGUUGCAACAAUGCAGGCGUAAUGGCGACCCCUUUCUCCCUCACAAAGGAUGUCAUCAAGAUGCAGUUUGCAACCAACCAAGUCGGGCAUUUUCUUUUGACAGACAUCCAAGGAAGAAUUGCUAAUGUUUUGUCAGAGGGGCACUGGUUUGCAUACAAGGAAGGCAUCUGGUUGGCCAAGCUAAAUGAUGAGGAAGAGUAUAACACCAUUGCAGCAUAUGGGCAGUCAAAGCUUGCAAGCAUUUUACAUGCGAAUGAACUUGCUAGGAGAUUUAAGGUAUGCCACGUUCUGUCGAAGUGUUUUUUUUUGUUCAAUGUAAGACGAAAACAUAGCGUUCACCGCUUGACUUUUCCAAAAGUAUUAAUCUAUAAGAUCCAUAUUUAUUUGUUAAUAUUGAUACAGAGAAAUGCUAUUCUUCUCAGUUUUUCACUGUGCGCUAGGCUGAUGCAGCAACACACAAAUGGUUUGGGUUUGUAAAUUCAGGUCCUUACGUAUAUGGUUAUGAUAAAUGCCAAUUAUACAACAACAUACUUAUUUAAGUAGCUAAUACUACUGAAGCAACAGAACAGCUUCUGAGAUAAUCAUCCCUGAUUCGACGUAACUUGGCAGCAACCUCCUGCAUGUUGAUUCGUUCACCCGGAGUUUCCUUGGUGCAGCAAAGGCCAGCGUUUAGCAUAGAUAGCAAAGUGUGCAUACCAUCUUCCUUCAUGGCCACUGGAGUUUCUUGGCAAGGCUCCAACUCCUGUAGUAGCUCGGGAUCGACAAUCUCCAAUACCCUACCAGGGAAGCUGAUCCCUGUAAGCUUCACAAUGCUCAGCCCAUCCUUAAACAUGUCGCCGGUUGGCCUUCUCCGAAUGAAUAUCUCGAGGAGAACGACACCGAAGCUGUAAACAUCUGCGGCAGUUGAAAGUUGACCGCCCCCUGCAUAUUCUACACAAUGAAUAAAAAGAGUUAAUUUCGCUUUCACUAGUUAACAUAAAUAACAGAAAAUGUAGCAACACAAGAUAUAUAAAAAAAUCCAUUACCUGGAGCAGCGUAUCCGAUAGUUCCCAUCAGUGCACCGAGAGAAGAGCUUGAGUUACCAAGAGACGGCGUUGUGGAACUAGCUUUGAAUCUUGCCAGGCCAAAGUCUCCGACAUGAG